CAUCAUUGGUCAGUUUGAUGUUUGCUUAUUUUAAUUGUGACGCAGAAGCCUAAAUGGCACAAGGGGGAGGAUUAGUCAUACACAUUGUGUCCAAUGCUGAUGAGGAGGCUAUCUUGUCAGACAAGUCAUGAAUGGAUGAGAGGACAGGAGCCUUGGAGGGAACUGCACCAGUGUCAGAGCUGAGGGUUGUUCUGCUGGGGAACAGCUGGCCUGAGAGGAGUUCAGUGGGGAACUUCCUAAUGGGAGCAACUGUGUUCAACGCUGAGGAAGAACCAGUCUUUCUGAAAGUUAGUGGACGAUUUCAAGAAAAAAAAAUAGUUGUCAUCAAUACUCCAGAUCUGCUGCUUCCAAACAUCUCCGAAGACAAACUAAGAAAACAUGUAAAGAAUUGUGUGAAACACUCUGAUCCUGGCCCUCACGUCUUCCUGCUGGUUCUACAGCCUGAAGACUUCACUGAGGGACACAAACAGAGACUCUGCCAAGUCCUGAAACUCUUCAGUGAUCGGUCAUUUGAUCAUUCACUGGUGCGGAUAUCACCACCCAGAGAGGAGAGUUCAGGUUUAAAGUCCAAUUAUGGACAAAAUCUACCCUUAAAAGACAUGAUCAGCAAAUGUAGAUACAGGUACAUGAGGCAGAAGAGCCUUGAAUUUUCAGAGCUGUUAACAUACUUGGAUCAAAUUGUAAGUAACAAUGGAGGACAUUUGAGGUGUGAUUCAUUUAAAGCCUCAAAGUUUGGUCAUCGGAGUCCGAAAAAACAGGAAACGUCCAUUGCUGACUUGGACUUGGUAAAACCUCCUGUCACAUGGCUCACACCAAACACAUCACACAACCCAUCAGCAGUGGAAAGCACAAUGGAACAAACAUCUGGACUCAGGAUUGUGAUGUUGGGGAAAAGUGAAGAUUCAAAGACAACACUCGGCAACUUCCUCCUUGGUAGCCAAGACUUUGAUUUCCAGAAACAUACCCCACUUAACCAUGGUCUGGCCAUCUGUGGAGAGUGGAAUGGACAUCUUCUAACAGUAGUGAAAACUCCAGACAUCUUCAGUCUGCAUGUGGAAGCAGUCAGAGAAGAGAUGAAAAGGACCAUCAAUUUUUGCCUCCCUGGACCAAAUGUCCUGCUGCUGUUAGUAAAUCCUUCUGAGUUCACUGAGGAGAACAGACAAACACUGGAGUUCAUCGCAAGUUUGUUCAGUCAAGAUGCCUUUCAACAUUCAAUGGUUGUUACGACACAUGAGGGGAAUGAAACAAGUUUCAUUGUGAAUCAGCUUCUUAAAGGCUGUGGCGACAGACACUGCAGCAUGUUAACAAUUAACCGCACCUUGUUAAUGGAGAAGAUUGAGAGCAUUGCGCAUGAAAACAAAGGAACCUUCCUCACCUUCACUGAAGAGACCAUCAGACCAACAUCUGGACACAUCAGACCAGCUUUAAACCUGGUUCUGUGUGGGAGGAGAGGAGCUGGGAAGACUUCAGCAGCCAAGGCCAUUUUAGGACAGACAGAGCUUCGUUCAGUCUCCAACUCAUCAGAGUGUGUUAAACAUCAGGGAGAGGUGUGUGGACGUUUUGUUUCCCUGGUGGAGCUGCCUGCCUUGUAUGGAGAAGGUCAGGAGGUAGUGAUGGAGGAAUCAUUAAGAUGUAUCUCCCUCUGUGAUCCUGAGGGCGCGCAUGGCUUCAUCCUGGUCCUACCUUUGGGUCCCCUCACUGAUGAAGACAAGGGAGAGUUAGAGACCAUCCAGAACACUUUCAGCUCUCGAGUCAAUGACUUCACCAUGAUUCUGUUCACUCUGCAGUCAGACCCUAAAGCUCCAGCUGUUGUUAAGUUUCUAAAGAAAGACAAUGGCAUCCAGGAGCUCUGUCAGAGCUGUGGAGGAAGAUAUUUUGUUCUCAACAUCAAGGACCAGCAGCAGAUCCCAGAGCUCUUGAAUGCUGUGGAAAAUAUGAGAGUUGAAGGAUCCAGAUGCUUCACAAAGGACACAUUCACCAAGGCUCAGGUGGAGAAGGUUUCAAGACUUGAAGCUGAACUGCAUGAUGUGAAACAAAAUACUGCCAUAGGAGGUAAUGAUGAGAGUCAGAGCAGAGAGUGUCUCAGGAUGGUGCUGAUUGGGAAGACUGGCAAUGGGAAGAGUGCAACAGCAAACACCAUUUUGGGCAAAAAGCACUUCAAACCCAGAAUCACACCAAAGCCAGCAACCAAGUCUUGUAAGAAAGCAAUCGGAGAGAUUGAUGGACAGCCAGUUGUUGUCGUGAACACCCCCGACUUGUUUGACAAGAGUUUGUCUGAUGAUAAAGUUCAGCAGGAGAUUCAUAAAUGUAUCAGCAUGUUGUCUCCUGGACCUCAUGUGUUCUUACUGGUGCUGCAGAUCGGGAAUUUCACACAAGAGGAAAAAGACUCUGUGGAACUGAUAAAGAAAUAUUUUGGCAAGAAGUCUAAAGAUUUCAUCAUCAUCAUAUUCACCAGAGGAGACGAUCUGGAGGAUGAGUUAUUUGAGAGUUAUGUCGAACACUGUGAUGGCUUUGUCAAAAAACUCAUCAUUGACUGUGGAGGGAGAUACCAGGUCUUUAACAACAAAGAUGACACAAACCGCACACAAGUCAAAGAGCUGCUGACCAAUAUCGAGACCAUGGUGAAGGAAAAUGGCGGCUGCUACAACAAUGAGAUGUUUGACGACACAGAGGGAUACGUACAAAUACAAGUGCAGAAGAUCUUGAAAGAGAAGGAAGAAGAGAUGAAGAAAAAGGAUGAGGACCUCCGGAGAAAACACGAGGAAGACUUGAAAACACUAAAAAACAAAGUCAAAGAAGAGGAGAGAAAACUGAGAGUAAAACAGCUACAGGAAAAAGAUGAAUGCAUCAACGAGGAGCGGGAGAAGAGAAAGAAAGAACGGGAAGAAGACGAGAGGAGACACAAAAAACAAGAAGAAGCUAUGCGACAGGAAUGGAGAAGAAAAUUGGAAGCUUCAGAGAAAACAGCCCAGUUAGAAAGAGAGCUCAAGGAAAACGCUGAGAAGAAGCUGGAGCUGUUUAGAAAAGAGACAAAGAGAGAUCGAGAUGCCUGGGAUAAGGAAAGAAAGGAGACCUGGGAACGAAUACGUCAAGAGGAUAAAAAAAAUCUAGAGGAGGAGAAAAACAGCUUCAGGAAGCUCCAAGAAGAGUACCAUUUCAAGAGAAAAAAGUGGAUGUUUUAUGUGGUUGUGCUGCUGUUGUUUCUCUCGUUUCUAUUAAGUUAUAUAUAUUUCUGAGUUAGAAACACACAAACUGCAGACAGCCCUACAACAAAGGUGGCAGGUUUACAUUUGUUGACUACACUACAGAUGUCUCUAUCUUGAUUACCCAGGGCCAUCAUGCAAGGAGGGCCCAAAAAGAUGCUGGAAUGAAUAGCUGUGGAUGAGGGUAGGGGCCGAUAAAAAAUGCCUUUCUACAGGGCCCAGAAUUUUGUGCUUACGCCCCUGUGU